AUGGCCGCGUUCCAGGUCGGAGGACACAUCUUUGGCUCGCUCGCCAUCUCGCGCGUCCCCGUUAGCACCGUGCACAGUAUCAAGGCCCUCUCGCCCCUGUUCACGGUACUCGCGUACGCGGUCCUGUUCCGCGUCUCGUACUCGCCCGCGACGUACCUGUCGCUGCUCCCGCUCACGCUCGGCGUCAUGCUCGCGACGUCGUUUGACAUUUCGCUGCGCAAUUUCCUCGGCCUGAUUUGCGCGUUCGGGUCGACCAUCAUUUUCGUGUCCCAGAACAUCUUCUUCAAGAAGGUCAUGCCCUCGCCCGGGUCUGGGGGCGACGUGUCCGGCCCGAGGCUCGACAAGAUCAACCUGCUCUACUUUUCGAGCUCGAUGGCGUUCCUCCUCAUGACGCCGAUCUGGCUCUGGGUCGAUGCUCCCAAAUUGCUCUCUCUCAUGAGUGCGCCGGGGAGUGGGCACGCCUUCAGCACGGCAGUCUACUACGCGAUCAACGGCACGGUGCAUUUCGCGCAGAACCUGCUCGCGUUCAGCAUCCUCGCCUCCACGUCGCCAGUGACGUACUCGAUCGCCUCGCUCGUGAAGCGUAUCGCCGUCAUCUGCCUCGCGAUCGUCUGGUUCAAGCAGAGCGUGCACCUCGUCCAGGCUUUGGGCAUUGCGCUGACGGCGCUCGGAUUAUGGAUGUACAACCGGGCCAAGCGCGACGUGGACCGGGGCGAGAAGAAGGUGCGCGCGGCGGAAAUGGCGCGCGAGGGCGUUCUCCCCUCCAAUGUGAGGGACGAGGACAUGCUCGACCCCGCGCACAAGAUCCACAAGUCCCCCAGGCCAGAGUAUGUCUCCAACGGACAUGCGGGACACGCCAACGGCCACGCGGGACACGCCAACGGACACUCGUACUCCCAGUCCUCGGCGCUGAGGAGAGAGUUCAUGCCCCCUCCUCUCUCUGUGCCCCCGCCACCGCCAAAGUUCAAGCAAGCCCUGCCCCAGGGCCCGUACCCCUCUCCGCCGGCGAGUACGGCCUCGAGUCCCCCGCUGCCGAGCACGAAGCUGGACGAGCAUCCUGUCGGCCUCGGGGUUGGCGUGGGCGUUACGGCGUGA